GCAUAUUGCAUUCGAAGAUGUCCGGCAGGCGUGGCGCUUCAAAACGUCCCGCGUCUUCAGAAGAGGUAGAGUACUGGUCGCACGCAGCGGCCUCGCUAGGAAGGCUCUCGAAGACGUACAGAACUGCAGCUACCGCAGACACAAUUGGCAGAGUCAACAGACUUCUCUCUGCAUGGCCGACUGACGAUGAUCUGCCCGCCGAAGGAUAUGAAAGCGUGAAGAGCAUAUACAAGAAACUCACUUCGGGUCUCACUGAGAUCAAGACAACAUCUGAACGCGAAGUCGGGUUGAUUGACGAUACAAUUGAGCAUCUCGGCAUCCUCAUUGCUCUCCGCCAAGCAUCGGAGGCAGUGCCUCCCGAAAAACGAAACAAAAGACCCCGUGCGCACUCUCCCGCCCCUGUGCCUGUUCCUGCUCCUGCCGCCCCACCUGCCGCCACUCGUGCUAUGUCAAUAACGCUCCCUCCGCGCAAUUCAGUCGGACCGCAGACGGCAAUCCCCUUUUCACGCGAGCCGAAAGCCCGAAGAGAGGCUCUUUCCAAGCAGCUUCCUUUACAAGAAGGGCGAAAGGUGGCAUUCCACCCUCCACAGAACUCGAGCAAGGCUGUGGAUAGCGCUACCGGUGGCAAGGAUGAGGAAUGGAUCCUUGCCGUCGUCACAAAGUGCAUUAAUCAGGAUAAGAAUCGCUAUGAAGUUCAAGACCCUGAGCCACAGGAAGACGGUCAACCCGGCCAGUGUUACAAUACCACGCUGCGUGCCAUCAUACCGCUUCCCGAUCCAAACGCUCCGCCGGAGAGCGCCACACACUUGAAUGCAUAUCCGGAGUUCUCAGCAGGUUCAACUGUGAUGGCGCUCUAUCCGGAUACUAGUUGCUUCUAUCGUGCUGAAGUUAUCGCUAGCCCAAGUGAUAUGCAGCCUGCUGGCAGAACGGGUCCAUCAUCGAGAACGUACAAACUGAAGUUCGAGGACGAUGAUGAUCAAGAACACAUCGUGUCCGCGCAAUGGGUCGUGGAAUGGCCGGGUGGCUCUUGAACGUUGUCCCAUCCUCGCGCUUUCAUACCUCGGCUGCAUACUGCUGUCUCUGAAAAUGCUAAUUUCAAGGUGUUUUGGAAUUUCCUUUCUGGCCGCAAAAUGAUCCGCAGCAUAAACGAGCUUAUACCAACACCUAUAAGUAACGUUGCUCCAACUUCAGUCGUCUUACACGCUGUACUGUAAACUGUCCGAUGCCUAGCAGCCCCAGGCUAAUGUUUUGUCGUUGUCAAUCUCGCUUGUUUGCUCUCAUUGGUUUAUAGGUUAUUAGUUUCACUGCUAUGUUAAUGUGUGUCAAUCAGGAUGCGAUAUACAUUUGUAAUGCUAUGGUUUCCUCUUC